AUGACUGCCCGCGGUGUUGCCUGUUUCGCCUUCGUGGCCACAAUUCUCCUUGCUCUCUCCUGCGCCCAGGCUGCGCCGACCGCCCCCUUGUGGCCUGCCGUGUGGUCCAGCGCCUUCUUCGAAACCACCCAGAUCAUCUUCCAGGCCAACACCACCGGCUACUUUUACUACGACUCGACGCAGCAGGCCGCACGCACCGACCGCGCCAAUGGAAAUGGUGACCGUUACUGUGAGAGCCACUACGUGUGGCAGGGCUAUCGCUACCUUCACUUCCCCGAGCUCAACGAGUGCUGCAUGUGUUGCACUGCGGCCAAUGGCUGUGGCAUAGUCAAGCGCGAUUGGUUGGUGAAUGGCACCUACCAGGGCACUGCCGUCAUCAACAACACCAAGUGCGACACCUGGGAACAGGACGGUCUUCAGAAGAACUUCUGGUACCAGAGCGUGGACAAUGCCACCCCUGUGCUUCUUGAUCAGCAGCCCAACGAUCAGCAGUACUGGGCGCAGGAGACCUUCUCUACGAGCCCGAUCCCCAAGGCCACGCUCAUGCCGCCCAGCAUCUGCAGUCCCUCCAACACCUGCUCGUUCCUCUCCAUCUGCACCGUCGCUCGCAAGAACUCUCUGCGCGAUGCCCCCGCCGAUCACAAGUUCCCCUUCUGA